AUGUUCUCUCUUCGUCCAGCAGUCGCUGGCAAGACGGGUCUACGGUAUCUCUGCCGCUUGAAUAGACCCUUGCCUGCAACGCGGUCAUUUCUGGAAUCUCGCCGUCGACAUUAUGCCUCCAUUUCUGACUCGACGCCUUCCACCCGAUCGACAGUCAUACAACUUCUAAGCCAAAUUGGCUCCAAGAAAGAAGCUCAACAGUAUCUGAACUACUUCACGUCCGUGUCCCAGCAGCAAUUCGCCGUCAUCAAGGUCGGAGGCGCCAUAAUAUCAGAUCAUCUGGCCUCUUUAGCGUCUGCCCUGGCUUUCCUAAAUCAUGUGGGCCUAUAUCCAAUUGUUAUCCACGGUGCUGGUCCUCAAUUGAACGAGAUGUUGAGAGAAAGGGGCAUAGAGGAAAAGUGGCAUGAAGGCAUACGGAUCACAGAUGGAGAAACCUUGAAACUAGCGAGGACUCUGUUCCUUGACCAAAACCUCAAGCUCGUCAAUGCCCUAGAAGACAUGUAUGGCGUCAGAACGCGACCAAUCACCUCAGGCGUUUUCACUGCCGAUUAUCUGGACAGAGAUAGGUAUGACAAAUCCUCUGCUCAAAUAGUAGGUGAAGCUCACCGAUCUAGAUACGAUCUUGUUGGAAAGAUAUCCAACAUCAACAAAAGGCCAAUCGAAUCCGCAAUCAAUGCCAAAUGUUUACCAAUUCUCCCAAGUAUGGCAGAGACGCUAGAUGGCCAAAUUCUGAACGUCAAUGCGGAUGCCGCAGCAGCAGAGAUGGCGAAGGCACUGCAACCUUUGAAGAUCGUAUAUCUAUCAGAAAGUGGUGGGAUAUUCAAUGGAGACAAGAAGGAGAUAAUCUCUGCUAUCAAUCUCGAUGAGGAAUUCGAGUCCUUAAUGGACGGUCAGUGCGCCACUCUCCUACGUAGCGUAGAUAGGUGUCAAGGCUUUUAUGCUUACUUUCGAACAGGAAGCAAACCGUGGGUGAAACAUGGAACGAAGUCGAAGAUACGAGAAUUCAAUGAUUUGUUGCAGCAGCUACCAAGAAAACUAUUUACCGAUUCCGGGGCAGACCUUGACUUACUGAAGCAAACAUUGGUUCGAGAUAGAGAAGCGCUUGAUGCCCGGCAAACAGUGGAUCGCUAUGUUGAUUUCCUUAACGAGGGUGAAUUCACUGCUUUCCAUGACGACGGUCUUGAAGGCCUCGCCGUUGUAUUGCCGUCCUCUGCAACCACUAAAGGGCCUCAGCUCGCACAACUCUCUACUCUGACUUUGAGUAGAGCUGCUUGGCUCACAAACCUUUCUGACAACCUGUUUGCGACUAUCAAGAAGACAUUCCCAAAACUCAUGUGGACUGUGAAGCAGGAUGACGAAAAUUUGACUUGGUUCUUCGACAAAGCAGAUGGAUCAAUAACUCGACAGGGAGAAGUCCUUUUCUGGUACGGCAUAGAAAAUGGAGAUGAUGCACGCGAUCUGAUGGUCGAGUUUCUCAAGCAUGGAAGGGACAUUUUCGGAGACAUCAAUCUGGAAUCCAAAAUGUCGAAGGCAGCUGGGCGGGCCGGGGAAAUUCUAGGAGGUACAACAAAUUCUCAGCAGAGACGAUCUUACUCCACCGUAGGCGGUCUCCGAGCUCAAGGCUUUCCGACCUCUCGACCAAGGCUCUCAACUUUAAAUAUAUGGAAUCAAUCGAAGAAAUCGUAUGCUACCUCUACAACCACGAAUCCAAACCCGCCGUUCGGAAAGAAGAACGCAACCAACUCAGUUCCAGCAAAGGUGGCUUUGAUAGGUGCUCGAGGCUAUACUGGACAAGCCUUAAUCAAUCUCCUUGACAAACAUCCUCAUUUGGAUCUCCGACAUGUCUCGAGCCGAGAACUAGCUGGGCAAAAGCUCAAAGGCUAUUCUCGUCGGGACAUUACUUACGAAAGCCUUUCUCACGACGACAUUCGACGAAUGUCUGAGAAUGGCACAAUUGACGUUUGGAUCCUUGCCCUCCCCAACGGUGUUGCAAAACCAUGGGUCGACGCGAUUGACGAAACCAAUGCCGACAGCCUUGUAAUUGAUUUGAGCGCCGACUACCGCUUUGAGCCCAGCUGGACCUAUGGCCUCCCCGAACUCAUUGACCGUUCCAAAAUUACGUCGGCAAAACGUAUUUCAAACCCUGGCUGCUAUGCAACUGCCGCCCAGCUUGGUAUAUCACCCAUUCUUCCGUUCAUCUCCUCUGCCCCAACCGUCUUUGGUGUCUCAGGCUAUUCUGGAGCUGGCACCAAACCUUCACCUAAGAAUGACGUCCAAAAUCUUACGAACAAUAUUAUUGCUUACAGCCUGACGGAUCAUAUUCAUGAGCGUGAAAUAACUUCCCAGCUAGGGCACGAAGUUGCUUUCAUCCCUCACGUUGCCUCUUGGUUCCAGGGCAUCCAUCACACAAUUUCUAUUCCACUGAACAAGCCUAUGAGCUCUAGAGACAUUCGCAAUCUGUACCAAGACCGGUUUGAGGGCGAGCCGCUUGUGAAGAUUAUUGGAGACGUGCCUAGUGUGAAGGAUGUUAGUGGCACACAUGGGGUAGAAAUCGGUGGAUUUCAAGUCCACUCGAAAGGGGAAAGAGUCGUGGUAUGUGCUACCAUUGACAAUCUACUGAAAGGCGCCGCUACACAAUGCCUCCAGAACUUGAACCUGGCGAUGGGAUAUGCCGAGUUUGAGGGCAUUCCAUUACAGAAGAAGAACACCGGCGGCGAGAUGCUGUUCUGA